CCGAUUAUUCAAGCGCGGAAGUAAAGUGAUUCAGUGCCAUUAGUGCCGGUACUGAGGAUGGAACGUACGUCUCUCGACCACUCUUGGCAGGUUCUCCCACACGCCGAGUGAUCGGGCGUUUGUUUUCAACCUCCAAGGCAUCGAAGUGCCCUCGGCUUCGAAGUCUCCGUGUUGUAGGUGUUCAAGGAUCUCCGGGAUUUGCGAUAGGAAGGUUACUUCACACUCGGCGAAGGGAAGAGAGUCUCGGCGUUUGAUGUGCGAAGAGCAAAAGCGUUGGAGGAAUUUUUAAUGAGCUGGGCAUUCGUGUAGAUCUUGUUCGAAGUGCUAUUUUCCGCACUUGAUUGAUAAGCAUUAAGAAAAAUAUAAAAAAGUGGAUAAAAUUCCGUAAAGAUGGUUACCCGGUACACCAUCGACCAGAUUCUGUCCUGCACGGCAGAGGGGGGCCAGAAGGCAACGUCACCGGCGGUCGCUCCUAGAGACGAGGUGCCCUUUGGCCUUUCCGCCGCCGCCACCAGGACCUCACCCGCGUCUCCUUCCUCCCCGGCCUCACAGACACUCGACCUCUCUCUCUCCACGGGCGUGAGAAGGCGAGACGAAGGGAUCGGCAGGAACAACCCCGCGAAGUGGAGCGACGUCCAGAGGCCGCGGGAAGUCAAGAGGGAGAAGGACGACGAGAGGAGAGACCACCACCAGUCUCCCUCGUCAGUCGUGCCGAGGGCCCUGUCCACGGAGGUCAAGGAAAACUGGAAGGACGAGGAGGAGGACAGACAGCAGGCGGGCUACGGCCACCGCGCCCAAGUCCCGGCCUCCACCGUGGCGAGGCCAGUGCCCGUUCGCCUCGGCCAGGCCUCCAAGCCGACGCUCCAUGGGCCUCCCACACAGAGCCUGGCGGAGCCCGCGUUGGCCUCCGCCCACCUCAGGUCACCGGAACACCUGAGGGCGGGAUGGAGGCCCGAUCUCCUCUACGCCGGAGGAGGAAGAGGAGGAGAGAGAUCGUUUGGCAUCCUGGAAGCGAACGGCGGAGGAGGAGGAGGAGGAAGAAUAGGAGACAGGGGAUACGGCCUCCUGGAUCCCAACCUCGGGGGAGAUGUCUGCGGCUUGAUGGUUCGCCAGUACCUGGAGGCUCACUACAGGAGCCUCGUUGCCCCGAGGGCGUUCCUGCCUCUGGGGAUUCCCCUCCUUGACCCAGCCACCCUCGCCUACCCACACCCAGCCAUGAGCAGGUCGCGGCGAAGGGGCGGGCAAGUACGGUUUACAGGGGAGCAGACAAGACAGCUGGAGGCCUGGUUCGCCAAACACAAGUACAUUACGCCACAGCUGCGCAAGACCAUUGCUAGGGACCUUAAUCUGCAAGAAAGACAGGUUAAAACGUGGUUUCAAAACAGACGAGCGAAAUGGAGGAAGGGUCAAGCACAUGUUGAUGGAGCAGCAUACCACGACCUUCACCAUUCCCCCAACUCUCCCUCCUCCCCUAGUUCAAGAACCAGCGAAGAGGACCGACACGAAAGGGAGGAAGAGGAAGAAGAGAUGGAGGAGGAGGUGGUGUUAGAGGACAGGGUCGAAGAGGAGGAGAGAGGUGUAGGCAAUGUAGAAAUGGCGGAAGGAAAACACUCUCAUGACCUCCCCAACAGAGGCGAAGACAUGGUGAACAAGGAGGAAGGAGAAAGAGGGGCAGCAUCAAGGAAGGAGGCGAAGGGCGCCCACAAGAUGCUCCGAAGGAAGAACAACGUCUGAGAUACUGCAACACCUAUGUUAUGUUCCCCCUAAAAAAAAAAACGUUUUCUCUUAUGGUUCUUACUGAUUUCGUUUUCUUUUUUUAGACCCGUUUUCUUUUCGCUUUGAUGUCUUUCAAGGAUAACUUGUAAAAUUAUUCUCUUUGAUUCAAACAGCAAUAUCUCAAGUAUCAUAGAAAUUCGUUACUUAUAAAAGUCAUACUUUAUACUUAAUUUUUGGAAAACUAGGUUCCCCCCCUCCUUUUUUUUUUUUUUUUUUUUUUUCACUCUUCACUAAUGAGGUAAACGAAUUGAUUAUUUGCACGAAAUUCCUCUAUACUCUGGGCAGGUCCAGGGUCACGUGAAGUGCAAAUAAAACACGACAAAAGGAUGAAAAUGUGUCAUGUUCUUGUUUAUUUCGUAAAAUAAUGUCAUUGUUUCAUGCUUUUUUUAUUUGUAUUACUCGAGGGAAACGAACCUACAGAUUAUUGGCAGGUCCAAUACUCUUUUUUCGUUUUUCUGAAUAUUUAUUCGGGAAGUUCUUUACAUAUAACCAUUAAGCAUUAGUUUGGCUUUGUGUUGUCUAUGUGUUAUUAUCUUAAGACCUGAGAAAAUUUCAUCGUUCUUUUGUUUGGCGUGGAUUUCAUGAUAAGAUCAUUAUAUAUAUAUAUAU